AUUCGGUUGGUAGCUAAUAAUAUUAAUUGUUAUGGGUUUUGCAUAUUUCAACGUUGAUUAUUAGAAGAAAUUGGAUUGGAACUCAGGUGUUGUGUCUUAGUGGGCCGUGCAAGGUGAUGGAAGUUAUGAACCGACAACGUUUGGUGUGGCAGAAACAACCAGGGUUAACUAGGGGAUAAAAGAGUCUAGAGAUGAUGAUCUACCGAUGGACUCUUGUAUUUGAUAUGUUUCAUUUAUUUAUGUUCCACAUCCCAUCACAUGAUUAAAGCACCAAACUUUGUAUACAGUGUGUCAAACACUCUAAAUUAAAGAGAAGGUCUCAGCAAUAAAAACGGAUUAGCAAAAAGACUCUCUAAUAAGAGAGUUUCAUUUAGGAAAACUCUCUGAAAGCUUUCAGCAGGAACCUCACAACUAUGUCACGGUUUAGAUCAUUGUGGCAAGCUUCGGUGAAUGCAACAAAGAAGGCUCUAACGUGGGAACUCGAAGAAUGGGUACCUCCUGUAGAGAAGUGUAUAUUCAAGUUCAAUUCGAAAGAAGACCUUAAGACAUGGCACUUGUAUUCUGAUUCUGAAUAUGGAGGAUUAUCUUCGGCUUCGUUGGAAAUUAAAGAUGGAGCAAAUGGAUCAUAUUGCACUGGUGUUUUCUCUGGGAAUCUCUCUACGGAAAUGAGCGAAGGUUCAAAAUGGAAUAUCAGUCGGAGUGGUUUCUGUGGAAUGCGGUCGAAGAAGUUUGAUGGCUUUAUUGAUCUCGACGGGUAUGAUUCCAUAGCCCUGAGGCUCAAAGGAGAUGGAAGGUGCUAUAUCUCUACUAUAUAUACAGAGAACUGGGUGAACUCGCCAGGACAAGCAGAAGAUAACUCAUGGCAGGCUUUUGUUUUUGCUCCAAAGGGAAACUGGUAUACAGCUAAGGUUCCUCUUACUCGCUACUUACCAACAUGGAAAGGAAAUGUGAUAGAUGCAGAAAUGGAGAUGAUACCAAGUCGUGUUGUGGGUAUGUCUCUAUCAGUUAACGCACAAGGAGGUGGUUUCAUUGGAGCUAAAUCAGGGGCAGGCGCUUUCCGAGUAGAAAUUGACUGGAUCAAAGCAGUGAGAAGGCCAUGAAGAAAAAGCUUUCUGAUGAACAAUUUGAGAAACGAUUAAAAUAUAUACAAUAUGUUCUCUGGUUGACUAGUUUAACCAAGAUUUGGGUAAACCGUAUCCAAGUUGAUGAACAAUAAUAAGGCUUAUGAAUUGACUUACAGCAAGUUGAUAGACCAAAAACGCUGCUUAUGAAUUGACUUACAGCAAA